AAAAUAUCUAUAAAGCAACUGAAUUUUCAAUAAAGAUCCAAAAAGAAGAGUCCCAAAAGCAGACACGAAAGUACCCCAAAACCCUUUCCUCUUCUUCUCACACAGCCUCGCACAAUAUCAUUACACAGCAGCCACCCACUAUGAAGAAGAAUCUAUAGAAUGUGACUCUCCUACCAUGCCAAAGAACAGGAUGCGACGUCUGAUGCACUAAAGGAUUUGAGUGGAUGACAUAAAAUAUUGCAAGAAUGGGGGGUUGCUGUUGUUCUUCCAGAAAACCUCAGUUGCAUGGAACACCAGUAUAUUACUAUUGUCCUCCAGUUUUCGAUGAUCAUGAGUCCUUCACGUCCCAUGACAGUGCAGCCACAGUAUUCACUUCAGGAUUCUUGGUUGAUUUGAAUUUGGAUAUGUCAACCCCUGACACUUACCGACCACCUCCUGCACCUAUUCCAUACGACGUGGUUUUCGGAUGUCCACAAUCAACAGAUUCAGAGUCCCUUGGAGAAACCAUUAGUGACAGUGGCUUUGCAAAUUUUUCAACAUGCGUGGAUCUUAAGGAGUCGGAUUGUAAAACUGACACUAGCAAAUUUCUUGACUCCCCGAAGAAGUUUGAAUUUGAACUUGUAAAAUCAAGUGAUCUUAAUGUAUCAGCAACAGAAGAAGAGGAUGUUUGUCCCACUUGUCUUGAAGAAUAUGAUGCAGAGAAUCCAAAGAUUAUCACCAAAUGUAAUCAUGAUUUUCACCUUUCAUGCAUUCUUGAGUGGAUGGAAAGAAGUGACACCUGUCCCAUAUGCAACCAGGAAAUGAUAUUUGAAGCUAUCUAAGACUUUCAAUUCGGAGCCUAUUGGCUAUUCGGCAUACAAGCUUGCCAGCUCGCCAACUCAGAGAAGGCAAACACGGGGAUGUAUGUAAAUGGUUAUGGCCAAUGAUCUUAAAAUUCAUCUUUCUUUUUUCUUUCUUUUUUUAAUUUUAGUUUGGCUGUGUAUAUUAAGGUCAUUUCUUUCUGUGAUUCAAUCCCUCUGCUGUUUGAACUUUGAACCUUGAGCGAGAAAUUAUUCAGUGCAAUGUGUGGAAUCUACGUCCCACCAUCCCCCGAAUAAUUAUCCAAUGGAUGGUAGCAAUGCCACACACGGUGACACAGCACUGAAUGUCACCACUGAAUAAUUUUUGGUUCUGAGAUGGAUUGAAAUGUCAGAGAUUGAAGAAUCUCCCAACUUGUUUUAAGGGAGCUAAAUGCACUCCACAUGAAGAAAUGAUGGCUAGCUCUACCCUCUAUGUUGUGAUUUAUACUUUCAUUUCCUCUUGUACAGAUUCUCAUUUUCUCUUCAAUCUACAUGUAUGUUGCAUGGGUUUGUUUGUU